AUGAAGUUCAUGAAAGUUGGCCGUGUGGCCAUCAUCACCCGUGGCCGUUACGCCGGUAAGAAGGUCGUCAUUGUCCAGCCUAACGACUCUGGCUCCAAGGCGCACCCCUUCUCCUACGCCAUCGUCGCCGGUAUCGAGCGUUACCCUCUGAAGGUGACCCGCGGUAUGGGCAAGAAGCUCGUCGACCGCCGCAGCCGCAUCAAGCCUUUCAUCAAGGUCGUCAACUACAACCACUUGAUGCCCACCCGUUACACUCUCGAGCUCGAGGGUCUCAAGGGUACCGUCUCCAACGACACCUUCAAGGAGGUCUCCCAGCGCGAGGACGCCAAGAAGACCAUCAAGAAGGCCCUUGAGGACCGGUACACCAGCGGAAAGAACCGUUGGUUCUUCACUCCCCUGCGUUUCUAA